AUGGAAAAAGUCCAACCUUCCCUCGAGGAGGUAUCCUCUAUCCUCUCCAAAUCAAGAACCUCCAAAUUCCCUCCGAAUCUUGUGCCGCUAUGCGCCCAGAUCCCCGCAGACCUUUUUACACCCACACAAGCAUAUCUAAAAGUAUCAGAGGGUUCCAAACUCUCGUUUCUCUAUGAAAGUGCGGCAACGACUGGGACAAUCGGGCGAUACAGUUUUGUCGGAGCGAAUCCCCUCAAAGUCAUUAAAUCAGGCCCGGGCCAUGGACCGGAAGAAGAUCCUCUUCCUCGACUCGAACAAGAGCUUGCACAGUACAGAGUCGCCAGUGUACCCUCCCUCCGACUGCCGCCCUUGACUGGAGGAGUUAUUGGGUAUGUUGGCUAUGACUGUGUCCGAUACUUCGAGCCCAAGACGGCUCGACCUAUGAAAGAUGUCUUGAAACUGCCCGAGAGUUUCUUCAUGCUCUACGACACAAUAGUGGCCUUCGAUCAUUUCUUCAACGUCUGCAAGGUCAUUACAUAUCUACGGGUCCCAUCAUCCGGGUCCGCCACAGAUCUGCAGACGGCGUAUGAGAAAGCAUGCGGAACACUGCACAGAACGAUUUCCCUCCUGCAGGCGGAACACAUACCUCUACCAUACCAACCGCCCAUAGCCCUCGACCAGCCUUCAAAAUCAAAUUUCGGCAAGACAGGAUAUGAAGCCCACGUUACACGGCUUAAGAAGCAUGUGUGUAAAGGAGACAUCAUUCAGGCCGUGCCUUCACAUCGGAUAUCCCGACCCACGACGCUCCAUCCCUUCAACAUCUAUCGGCAUUUACGAACGGUCAACCCGUCGCCGUACCUGUUCUACAUCGACUGCGAGGAUUUCAGCAUUGUGGGCGCAUCGCCAGAACUCCUUGUGAAAGAAGAGGCCGGUCGGAUCAUAACCCAUCCCAUCGCCGGCACCGUUAAACGAGGCCAGUCGCCAGAAGAAGACGAGCGGUUGGCCGAGGAGCUGAGCAACAGCAUUAAAGACCGUGCUGAGCAUGUCAUGCUGGUCGACCUGGCCAGGAACGACAUCAACCGCGUCUGUGACCCUUUGUCGACUCGCGUUGACCGACUCAUGGUCGUGGAGCGAUUCAGUCACGUCCAGCAUCUGGUCAGUCAAGUCUCAGGCGUACUCAGAGAGGGCGAGAAUCGCUUUACUGCUUUCCGAAGCAUUUUCCCUGCGGGCACAGUGUCGGGCGCGCCCAAGGUAAAGGCUAUGGAGCUCAUUGCAGAACUAGAGCAGGAGAAACGAGGCGUCUAUGCUGGUGCGGUCGGGUAUUUUGGCUUUUCCCGCGUGUCACUCGACGGAUCCAAGAUUGAAGACGAGGGGGCGAUGGAUACCUGCAUUGCGUUACGCACGAUGGUGGUGAAGGACGGAGUUGCAUACUUGCAAGCCGGCGGAGGUAUUGUCUUUGAUAGUGUCGAAGAGGAUGAAUGGAUCGAGACGAUGAACAAGCUAGGAGCGAAUAUUAGAACGAUCGAAGAGGCGGAGAAAAGGUAUUUGGAACUCGAAAAGCUGCGGAAUGGGAAUGCAGCCGGCCAGCCAAAUGUGUUCACAGCCAACACUUUCUUCACCUUCGACAAUCCUCAACUGCUGGUAACUGUCAAGGCUCUCCUCAGUCUUGACAGCCCUGAUCAGCAAACCGCCGACAAUAUGAAGUUGAAUAUCUCGUACCCGGCCAACGGGUCGCAGAAAUUGAUCGAAGUCGAAGAUGACCGCAAGCUGCGCGUCUUCAUGGAGAAGCGCAUGGGCAACGAAGUCCCAGGCGACAGUUUGGGAGACGAAUGGAAGGGCUAUAUCUUCCGCAUCACCGGUGGUAAUGACAAGCAAGGCUUUCCCAUGAAGCAGGGUGUCAUGCUCCCUACUCGUGUCAAGCUCCUCCUCGCCGAUGGCCACUCCUGCUACCGACCUCGACGAACCGGAGAACGCAAGCGCAAGUCUGUCCGCGGCUGCAUUGUUGGCCAAGAUCUCGCCGUCCUCGCUCUUUCCAUCGUCAAGCAAGGCGAUGGCGAGAUUCCGGGUCUCACCGACGUGGUCAACCCCAAGCGCCUGGGUCCCAAGCGAGCCACCAAGAUCCGAAGGUUCUUUGGCUUGAGCAAGCAAGAUGAUGUCAGGAAAUUUGUCAUCCGUCGCGAAGUCGUCCCUAAGAAAGAAGGCGCCAAGCCGUACACCAAGGCCCCCAAGAUCCAGAGACUUGUCACUCCCCAACGCAUGCAACACAAGAGACACCGCAUCGCCCUCAAAAGAAGACGCGCCGAGGCUGCCAAAGAUGCUGCGAACGAGUAUGCUCAGUUGCUGGCCAAGCGUGUGCACGAAGAGCGUGAGAAGAGAACCGAGUUGAGGAAGAGACGUGCAUCCUCGAUGAGGAAGGAGUAG